GGAAUAUAUAUAUAUACAUAUACAUAUAUAUAUGAGGAGGAAAAACAUGGCCUACAAGGGCAAGAUUCACAGUACAGUGGGGGAAACCCAAGGUCGAGUUCUCACCCAAGAUCUUACUGGUCUCUUGGGAUGCCACAUUACUUCAACCCCGCGCCGAAGUCGCUGGGUUAACCAGGUCUAACCACACCAUUUGCUCCAUAGACCGGGGUUAAAUGUAUGCAUCUUGCAGCCUUGUGCACGCAAGGCUGGCAAUGUCAAGGUUUGGCUGCUUAGAAAAGCCCAUGGCGCCCGCUUCGUCUCUCUUGACAGAGCACCUUUUCUACUCAGUCCAGGUAAAUAGGCUGUGUUUCAAGCUAUCUGCCCGCGCCACUUCUACAUUGACAGUUAGCGAUGCCGAUAACGCCGCAAGACAAAAGCUUCAUUGGCAGCGAAACCGCGGCCCAAGAGCUCUACGGUAUCGGCCCCGAAGCCGAAAGUCCGCCGCGGGUCUCAAGUUUGCUAGUGGAAGCAUCUCGCUCUCGCUCCUCGUGUCAUGGACUGUCCUUGCAGCGAGACAGGCACUGAGUUCCUGCGAAGCAUACAUUGUCCUUUUACUCCUGUCCACGAUGACGCUACCCGGCCGCAUUGCAUUUAUGACCGAAGAUGUCUCACCCGGUGAAGGCGUGGGGAUAUUUCUGGUGCUAUUUGCGGAAACGUGGGUGACUACUGCAUACGGCUGGUUUUUUGUACGCCUCUCUGUUACGCUGCCAACACUGGGGACGAAGAACGUGACGUUUUUUUUCGCCAAAGUAUCUCUGCAAGGAUGGUUUAGGACGCUCGGACUCGUCGUCUUUUCUCUCACCUGUUUUACCAUGCUUUUCUUCCUAUAUUUUAGCAUAAGGGCACUACGGACAACCUUCGCUUCAUACCGAGAUGGAGGGCGACCACUGACUGAGGACGAGAAAAAGUCUGCAGUCCCCUUUGUGACCACGAUAGCAUCCUAUGCCUUCGCCCAUGGGGUGGAUACUUCAACACUCAACCCACAAGAGGUUGAGAUGAUAAAAACGCUCAUUCAACGCUUUCAUAAUUCUGCGAUCCGCAGCUUGGUCUCCAUCUUCUCAGUCUUGUUUUUCAUAACCACAGUCGAGCUCACUAUCCAUUGGAACGAUCUAAGCCCGAUUUCAGACUUGACGUCGCCUGGUCAGUUGAUCCCGCUUGUCACGGGGAUCGUUGCGCUGUGGGAUGACUUUCUUAUCUUGGUCCGCCCAAGGAGCUCUGAUGAACUUACUCCUGGAGCUAAUGGUAUGAUCCCUGUAUCGAGCUCGUGAAGCGAAUGAAGUGUAUAGACGAGUGUGGCUCCAAGAAUCUAAACAGCGGGAUCUAGCUCUACUAUACUCCGUAUAUAAUGGAGAGCAGAUGGGUGACCUGUGAUCCGUCAUCGCAAAAGAGCCUAAGUAAGAAGAACAACGAUACAAGUGACCUUAGGAAUUGGAAUCUAGCAUGUGGAGCUGUGUGCUGGUAGUGGAAAGAGAACAGAAGAGACAAGCAUACUAACAAAAGAAAUACCUACAGAAGUGCAUAUUGCGCUCUUCAAUAGUUAUAUAUAGCUUUUCCAAACCACAUAACAUAGCUAAUAAAUGCCUCUUGAUAGCAGCAGCAAAA